CCUCCAGUGAGAAGUGAGAAGUAGGGCCUUGUGAUAUUAAUCCAGAAACUUCCACUCGUUUCUCAUCAUUCAUUGCUGUUGCUAUAUCAAAUCUUUUGUUUCAGAUACUUGCAUUUGAACUGUUAUCAAAUUCUUCGUUGAAAACGGAGAAAAGAAACAUUUAAAAAUGGUCAAAGAAACAACUUAUUAUGAUAUACUUGGAGUGAAACCAAGUUGCACUCUUGAUGAACUGAAAAAAUCAUACAGAAAAUUAGCACUGAAGUACCAUCCAGAUAAAAAUCCAUCUGAAGGCGAUAGGUUCAAGCAGAUAUCUCAGGCUUAUGAAGUUUUGUCAAAUCCUGAAAAGCGUAAAAUUUAUGAUCAAGGUGGCGAACAAGCAAUUAAAGAAGGUGGAGUUGGCGGUCCAAAUGGCAUGUCCUCUCCAAUGGACAUAUUUGAUAUGUUUUUUGGAGGCGGGAGUCGCAGGCGUGACAAUAAAAGUGCUAAUGUUGUACAUCAGUUGGCAGUAUCUCUUGAAGAACUAUAUAAGGGUGCUGUUCGCAAAUUAGCUGUGCAAAAGAAUGUGAUCUGUGAUAAAUGUGAAGGACGAGGUGGAAAAAAGGGAGCUCUGGAAAAAUGUUCAAAAUGCAAUGGUAGUGGAAUGCAGACUCAUGUGCAGCAACUUGGUCCUGGAAUGGUUCAAAGAAUUCAAUCAGUGUGUUCUUCAUGUUCUGGUCAAGGAGAAUAUAUCAAUCCCAAAGAUAGGUGCAAAAACUGCCAUGGCAAAAAAGUUGUUCGUGAAAAAAAGAUCAUUGAAGUCCAUAUCGAUAAAGGCAUGGAAGAUGGUCAUAAGAUCACAUUUACUGGUGAAGGUGAUCAAGAGCCUGGUUUAGAACCUGGUGAUAUAGUUAUUGUGCUUGAUGAAAAAGAACAUGAUGUCUUCAAAAGGAGCGGCAGUGAUUUAAUUAUGAGAAUGGAAUUAACAUUGACUGAAUCUUUGUGUGGUUUCCAAAAAGCAAUCAAGACUCUUGAUGAUAGAAUACUUGUCGUUACAUGCAUACCAGGGGAAGUUGUAAAGGACCAAGCUGUGAAGUGUAUCUUAAAUGAAGGAAUGCCGCAGUACAAGAAUCCUUUUGAAAAAGGCAGACUUAUUGUGCAAUUCAUUGUUAAUUUCCCUGAAACAAUUGAUCCUCGCCUAGUUCCUCAAAUUGAAGCUGUUCUACCACCUAGGCCUGAAUACAUCAUCCCAGAUGAUGCUGAUGAGGUAUCCCUUAUGGAUAUUUCUCCAGAACAGUCAAGUAGCCGUCUAAGAUAUAGGGAAGUUUAUGAUGAUGAUGAUGAUCGCUAUGCUGGUGGUCAUCGCGGUGUACAAUGUCAAACGCAUUAGGACAUUUUUAUAUAUAAAGAUUCUUUUUGCUUGUACACAUUCAUAUAUAUAUACAUUCUUACAUAUAUAUAUAUUUAUUCUCCUUUCAACUGGCAUUCAUGUUUGUGUUGUAGUUGAAGGCAUAUUAUUUUAGAUAUGAAGUUCUGUAUGUAUUUUUAUGCCUCCAAUUAUUAUUAAACAUGCAUGUUUUAAACCCAAACUUUAGCAUCUAUGUUUUCCGUCUUUCGUUGAUGUCAUGGUAUCUGUCAUUAAGUUCCAUUCUGUGAUACCCAGCGUUUUCAUAGUUUUUGAAUGUAGGGUUGUUUCUUAGACUUUUUUUUUUUUUUUUUUGGUAAUUUCUUAUUUGUGCUAAUGGUUUUGCCCCAAAAUCACAUUUUCUAUUCAAAUGAUUAUAUUUUGUAAAGAUCCUAAAAUUUAUUUUAUUCCGUUUUUUCGAAGAAUAUAGGUUUAAAAUUAAAUCCAACCAAACAAUAAAAUUUGAACAUUUUGCAAGCAUAAAUAUUUAGUUUUCUUGUGUUGUAAUUUACUACUUAAUGGCAUUGAAUUCUAUUUUAAAUUAUUUUUGUUAUAUCAUUUAAAAUAAAAUAAGUAAAUGAUACUGUAAAUACCCUCAUAAUGGAUCUGCAGCUAAAGUAUAAAUUACAAAAAGUUAGUAUCAACUAAUUUAUAAAUAUUAUUAGUAUCCCAGAGCUCUUAAAGGUUUAAUUGUUAAUAAAAGUGGACGUUUUUGUUGUUAUA